UGGCUGCGCGCGCGGAUGGUCACAUGACCGCGGGCGUUAGGAAAGCAGCAGCAGCAGCAGCAGUAGUAGAGUCUCUUGAAUACCGACACAGCAAGCGGAGAAGAGUUUGCACAGCUCCAGACCUAGCCUAGAAACUUCACACAGCUCUCAGGAUCGCUCUUAUAAACCGCUAGUCCAAAUCAUCUGGCCAGGAAGUGGAGGUCCAGAGAGGUCGAAUGGCCUGGAAAUAGCGUUACUCUGACGGUUACAAUCUCUGAGAGUAAACAAAACAAAUCGGAGCGGUCAUGCGGGAGUCCGGACAGUUUGCGGAGCUUUUCUGACCUUUAUAAAUCACGCACACCAGCGAUUUUUCCCUUCCGGCGUGUUUCAAAUAUCUAUUUGUUUGUUGAAGAGAUAUUUUUGUAAGCGAGACACUUUGAAAGUGUUCUGGCUCGAAGCGGGACUUCUCUGGAGAAGUGAGGACAGAAGAGGGGUCUCAGCCUGAUAGAGCCUGUGGAGGAGCCUGCGGUGGAGUCUGUUCUUCUCCUCAUAACUGUCGUUUUUCCCAACUGAAAUUUAAAGCAGACGUUUUGAAAUAUGGUGGGGGAAAUGGAAACAAAAGAGAAACCCAAGCCGACUCCUGACUAUCUCAUGCAGCUCAUGAACGACAAGAAACUGAUGAGCAGCCUGCCUAACUUUUGUGGGAUUUUCAACCACCUAGAGCGGCUUCUGGACGAAGAGAUUGGCCGGGUACGGAAGGACAUGUACAAUGACACACUGAACAGUAGUACAGACAAAAGGACAUCGGAGCUCCCAGACGCCGUGGGGCCAUCUGCACAGCUCCAGGAGAAACUUUAUGUGCCUGUAAAAGAAUAUCCAGACUUCAACUUUGUGGGGAGAAUCCUCGGCCCACGUGGGCUCACUGCCAAACAGCUGGAAGCUGAGACAGGCUGCAAGAUAAUGGUGCGAGGCAAAGGCUCCAUGAGAGACAAGAAGAAGGAGGAGCAGAACCGUGGAAAGCCCAACUGGGAGCAUCUGAACGAGGACCUGCAUGUACUCAUCACAGUUGAAGACUCACAGAACCGUGCUGAGAUAAAACUCAAGAGAGCUGUGGAGGAAGUUAAGAAGCUACUUGUGCCUGCAGCUGAAGGUGAAGACAACUUGAAAAAGAUGCAGCUGAUGGAGCUGGCAAUUCUCAAUGGCACAUACCGAGAUGCCAAUAUCAAAUCACCAGCCUUGGCUUUCUCUUUGGCUGCCCAGGCUCCACGCCUUAUCACCGGCCCAUCCCCAGUGAUGCCCACUGCAGCCCUGCGUACUCCUGCGCCUACUGGUCCCACCCUCAUGCCUCUAAUCCGACAGAUCCAGACCUCUGCUCUAAUGCCUGCUGGCACCCCUCACCCCACUGCUACACUGAUGCCCCAGACCCCCGAGUCGGGUAUUAUCUACACCCCAUACGAGUAUCCCUAUACUCUGGCCCCUGCCACCUCUAUCCUUGAGUAUCCCAUUGACUCCAGUGGUGUAUUAGGUAUGGCUUUCCCUACAAAAGGCUAGUAGAGUUCGUGGACAGUCUGCAUUCCUCAAAAGUGUUAACUGUUUUUUGUUUUAUAUCAGUUGCAGAACAAUAAAACAAAAACCCUUAAUAGUUUGUUAACAAAAAAAUAGAAAUACCAAGACAAAAAUCAUUUACUACUGAUGUUUACACUGGUCUUAACUUCCCAGAGUUUAUUCUUUUGUAACUUUGGAUUAUUUUGGUUUGUCUUUGACUUAUGAAUUAAUUAUAAAUUUAAAUUAAAGAUAACUUUAUUAUUAAUGAUUAAUCAAAUAGAUUUGUCACUAUCACUUUGCUUUGAAUAUCCUCCUACAGUUUGAAACCAUGUCAGCUACAUUCCCUGUGCUUGCUUAAUCUCUGAAUGCUCUCAGAAUAUUAUCAGUAUUAUGGCUGACUUUGUGUUAUAAACUGUAGUAAUAAGUGAAGCACUUGCAAUGUGCCAAUGUAAAUCUAUCUAUAAGAUUCUGUGUGAAAUUAAUCUGUCUUAGUAAAAGCAGUUCGUCCUUUUUUUUUAGAGAGAGAGAGAGAGAGAGAGAAAGCGAGAGAGAGAGAGACUUAAGGGCUCUGUUGUCAUAGUUCAGCAAGUAAAGCAAAUAUAAACACUUGUCUUGUGUCACCUAAUAGAUAUUCCUGGGGUGUUUACAAAUUAUAAUGGAAGAUUUCUGCACCAUGAAAACAAAGCCCAUUUUCACUUCUUUUUGUGAUUUAUUGGGUCUUACUAGCUUGUUGUGGAUGUAUUUUGUUUAGUUAUUUUCCAGUGUUUUGUUGUUGAUGUGUUGUAAUAAUUAAUUAUGUGAUGUUACUUUCUAUUUUAUUGGUAAUAUUACAUUCUAAGCAGGUGCAGUGACUACUAAAGUACGAAGGCAGGAUAUGCGCGUCCAUCCUUACCAAAGGGUAGUGACCGCAGAAAGAGGUUAGUUUAGCCCCAGUGUUCAAGCAAUACUUUGUGUGUGUGUGUGUGUGUGUGUGUGUGUGUGUGUGUGUGUGUGUGUGUGUGUGUGUGUGUGUGUAUGUAUGGAUGUGUGUGUCUUUCUUACACUUUCAGGCACAGUACAAGCUACAAAGUUAAUCAUAAUUAUGGACAUAUUCAUCAUCCACAAUUAUUCAACCAUUAUUACCAUUCUUCACAUAAACUGAUACUCUUGGUUCAUAAUACACAUCACAAUAUAUACAGUGCCCUCCACUAAUAUUGGCAGCCUUGGUAAAUAUGAGCAAAGAAUUGUUUAACCUUUUGAUCUUUUGUUAAAGAAAAAUCCACAAAAAUACUCUGCUCUCAUUUGAUAUCAACAAUUACAAACACAACACAGGCUUAUCAAAAAAAAUCUUUGUUAAAUAUAUGUGUGCAACAAUUAAUGGUAGCCCUAUGAAUUCAUAUGAGAAAAAUAUAUUUUAAGUAUAUUCCCAGUAAUAUUUUACUUUUUUAGUACACCUGGGUGACUAGGAACAGGAAAUUGUUCAACCAUUACUUCCUUUUUUACAGGUAUAAAUAUGAGUCAUUCAUAACAAUGGGUAAGACCAAGGAAUAUAGCUGUGAUGUGUGGCAAAAGGCUGUUGAGCUUCACAAAAUGGGAAGUGGCUAUAAGAAAAUAGCACAAACAUUGAAAAUGCGUAUUACCACCAUCAGGGCAACAAUUAAGAAGUUCUAGUCAACUGGAAAUGUUCUGAAUCAACCUGGAAUUGGACGUGUGUCUAUUUUGUCUCAACGCACUGUGAAGAGGAUGGUUCGAGUGGCCAAAAAAUCUCCAAGGAUCACAGCUGGAGAAUUGCAGAAGUUAGUUGUGUCUUGGGGUCAGAAAGUCUCCAAAUUACAAUUACAAGGGUUUCAAGAAAAAAGCCUCUACUCUCAUCCAAAAACAAAUUCAAGCGUCUUCAGUUUGCCAGACACUACUGGAACUUCAAAUGGGACCGGGUUCUAUGGUCAAAUGAAACCAAAAUAGAGCUUUUUCGCAAUAAACACCAGAGGUGGUUUUGGAGCACACAGAGAGGUAUCCAUAUGGAAAAGUACCUCAUGCCCACAGGUAAAUAUGGUGGUGGCUCUUUAAUGUUUUGGAGAUGUUUUUCUGCCAGAUGACCUGGACAUUUUGUUAGAAUACAUGGCAUCAUGGACCAGCAGGACAAUGAUCCAAACCAUACAUCAAAAUCAACACAAAAAUAGUUUAUUGACCACAAAAUCAAGGUCCUGCCAUGGCCAUCCCAGCCCCCUGAUUUGAAACCCAUAGAGAACCUGUGGGAUGAACUGAAGAGGAGAGUCCACUAGCAUGGACCUGGAAAUUUGAAGGACAUGGAGAGAUUCUGUAUGGAGGAAUGAUCUCAGAUCCCUUGCCAUGUAUUCUCCAACCUCAUCAGGCAUUAUAGGAGAAGCCUCAGAGCUGUUAUCUUGGCAAAGAGAGGUAGCACAAAGUAUUGACUAAAGGGGUGCCAAUAAUUGUUGCACACCUAUACUUAACAAAGAUUUAUUGUUUUUGAUAAACCUGUGUUGUUUGCAAUUGUUUGAUAUCCAUGAGAGCAGAGUAUUUUUGUGAAUUUUCUUAACACAAGAUCAAAAGGAUCAAAAGGUUAAACAAUGAAGACAAUUUUUCAUAACUUUUUUGCUGAUAUUUACCAAUGGUGCCAAUAUUAGUGGAGGGCACAGUAUGACUGUCAUUGAACUUGAAUGUGUGUGUGUGUGUGUGUGUGUGUGUGUGUGUGUGUGUGUGUGUGUGUGUUUAUGCAUGUCCAGAAGUUGGGGAUGUACUGAAGAUGGUGGCAGAAAUGAGUAACACUAUAUUUAGUUCAUAAAAACAUACGUAGAAAUAUCAUCAUUUAGCUACUGUUAAAAUGGUUAUGUAAGUAAUGUAAUAUUAAGCAGUUGUUAGCAUUUAAGCUAACUCAGUGAUUUUAAGUGUAUUGUAUAAAAUUAGACAGAGGUGAUCCAUAAGCUCCAUUUACACCUUGCAUUGGCAUGUGAUGUGUAUCUGAAUAUCAGUAUCUGGAUAAUUAAUGACCCGAUCACACCUUUACCUUUACGUCUGGGUUUUCUACACAUUACACAGAUCUCAUUUAUUAAACUGACUAGCAUCAGUGUGGGAGUGUGGAUGUAGUUAUCCAUAUGGCAGGAGUAGAAGAAAAUUUUUAUUUUACAGCUUAAAUUUAAUUUUCCUCUUUUGAUUAGUGACUUGAUGAUGAAAAAUGAUGAGACUUUCUCUGUAAUCUCAGCCUGAUGUAAGCACAGUAUAGAGCCUGAGAUACAAACCCAGUGCAUAUCUGAUAACCUCAGGAGGUAUUCUGUCAAUAUCACCAAAAGCACUUGUUAAUACUUGGUGUAAAAGGGGCUCUAAUGACACUUUUAUGUAGGUUUUAUAAUGCUAUGUAUACGUGUUACAUCCAGGAUGGGUUCACAGGUGGAUUUAUCACACUGCAUGUUUUGGAGGUAAAGCCUCGAGUUUAUUAGAGAGAGUUAUUUGGGUUGUUCAGAGUUAAAUAGUGUUUACUAGAGCUCUAUUUCACUGAUGACCACGGGAUGACCUUAUGACUCCCAGUCAAUGAAGGCUGAUGGAGCUUACUCAUUAGCGUCUCUCUUUCUUUCUCUCAUUUAGUUUGUGUCAAUUACAUCCUGUGUCUUUUCAUUUUUACUCUUAAAUACAUUCACGUCUAGUAUAUUCCAUUCAACCAGUUUUAUCCUGUGCCUGAAAAUCUGUUUAUGUUUUUCUUUUGUUUUUUUUACUUUUUUCGAGAUUAAUUUAUAAAAGGGGAUUUUUUUUUGUUAUUGACCAUGUUUACAAGAAUAAGUCUGUUAUUUGAAGACCAACAUAAUUUCAAAUAAGUGUAACACAUUUAAUGCAAAAUUGAUCAACAAGCAACAAUAUUCAUUGUACUGUAGUUUGUAAACCCAAUAUUGCAGUAUUACAUCAGCCUUGCUGAGCAUGUAUAGAAGCUUUUCUACAGCGAAAUUACUUAAUACAGAAAAUUAAGCCCAUUGUGUAACAUUCUGCAUGUGGUAUAUCAAACUCCUACAGCAGUCAACAUUUUGUCUUAACUUUAUUAUUUUACCUGUUUUAUUUAUAUAAUUACAUAUAAUUUUAUUUAUAUAGUUUCACAUAAUUUGUAUUUGACAAACCUGUGACCUUUUUCAUAAUGACUACUCUUAUUAAGUCUUUUGCCAGGACCAUUUUUUAUAGCAAAACAGUAAAACAUAUCGAAGAGGAUUAAAGACCCUCAGACUUUCAGAGAUGGCUCAAUAAUGAAACUACACUAGAUUAGUCAUAUCAAACAAUGAUUUUGGUUUAUGGAAUCUUUAUAUAAUAUCAACGAUUCCUAAAAGUUAAAUCUGAUGUGUAAUUAUAAGAUUAUUGAUUUGACAUCAAAUUAAAAUUACCACUGUAAAAUCUUAACACAUAACCGACAAACAAAACUGACUAGAUUAAUGAAAAACAAUUGUGAAAUUGCACAAAAUGUCAAAAUAUCUCAUCUGACCUACUGCCCAUGACCUUAUAUGAUGAUUUUUAUUUCAUUAAUAGAAAUACCAUAAUGAAAAUCAGAACGUGAGCUGUGCAACUUGCUUGGUGAAAAUUCUUUGGAUUCCCACUAUUUGCAGUUUAACUGCUUAUUUCAUCCCAAAGUCAAGGCUUAAUGAAGAGUAUUACAUUAGCUAAAUAUACUCUUCUUAAAUAAAGUACAGCAGCUCAAGAUAGCAAAAUGCCACCAAUGUAAAGGUCAAUAAGCAUAAGUCAAAGGUUGUGGUCAGUGUCACAUGGGGAAAAUUGACAGUUUCGUAUGAAGGGUAUGAAUUGUUUGAGGAGGAGAGUCAUCAUAAGUAUUAAAUCUGAGCAGACUUCUAUAUUAUGCUCAACACAGCUGAUAUUCAGAGUGCAUCUUGUUUCAUUAUAAAGGUGAUAUGCUGUGCUUAUGGACUCUGAAUGGCUCCUCAUGCAAAAAUACCUCUUCAUAAAAAUACAGCACAUAGUUUGCACUGAAUUUUUUAAAUCAACAGAUCUUUGUCUGUUAUUAGACAGAAAAUGUCAGGAAAAAGACAAACAGAUGAAACCUCAUAGGUUAGAGUUCUUUGUGAUGGACAGAGGACUGGGUGGUAGACUGGGCUGGGGCCGAGGUUUUGCAAGAUCAAACGAUCGUCACAAUAUUGUCAAGAGUGUCCUUUCUGUAAGAGUUAAAAUGCUCAGAAUUGUGUGGUGUUAUUGAGAAACUCGUACCUUUUUCUCUUGGCACAGUGUGAGCAGAUGAUCUGAAGAAAUAUUCCAUUUUCUAAGUUUUGUUUUAUUGUAAACUUCUUUGCUUCUUUUUAAAUUGUUGCCAUUGUCUUAUUUGAGAAAAAAAAAAACAGAGUAUUUACUUGCAUAGUGUUUUUUUUUCUUUCUUUCUUUUACAUUUAUGAAAACAAUAUUUCUACAGCAUCAAAAAAUUUAUGAAAUUCAGAUUAUAUUGUAUAUGUGAGAAAUAGGAAAUAUAUGCUAGAGAAAAAUACAGAACAUGUUUCUAGAGCCUCAAAUAUUAUAGAAAUUACAAUGAUUUUGUGUAGUACAUUUUAUAUUCUCUGUCCUAUGAAAUAUUGCAGUUUUGUCUAUUGUUUCUUCCUCGUUAUUCUGCGCCCCGCCUUCAGUAGUUGUUUUGGUGUUCUGUUUUGUUUGUUUGUUUGUGUUUUUGUAUUAUUGUAAAUAGACAGAUUUUAAAGACAAUAAACUUUGCUUGAGUCAAAAAUGACAUUUUUUUGUAUUCUGCAAGGGGAAAAAAUUGAGUCUUUUUUUUAUAUAUAUAUCUCUUGAUUUUCUGCAAUCACAUCUCUUUAACUACUCAUGAAUUCAAACCCAUUAUCACUAGCAGCUUCAUGGCUUUGGACUGAAUGAGCACUGUAAUGCUUAAUAGCAGUCAGAGAACAAACCACACAUUUAUUGAACUCUUUAAUCAAGUCUACAAAUCAUGUUCACCUGCCAUAUUUUGACUGCUACUAACCAUUAGGUGGUGUUGGUAUAAUUUGAAUUCUGUAAUUGAUUCACCUCUCUGCUUCUUUAACCAUUUUCACCUGGGAGUUGGUCUUUCGUGUGAAAUCAUGAGGCUGUCAUGAUUUUGCCUUAUUUAAUGUAGAUAUUAAAACAGUUUCUCUGACAGUAGCUCUGAUUAGUAAUGUCAUGUUGUCAUCUGACUGUCACUAGCGGACACUAAUCUCCUUCUCUAUCUUUUUUUCUUUUGUGUCCUCCUAUGUGUCUUUUCUUUUGGUUUUUUCCCCUUUACGUAUCUGUCUGUCCGUUUGUUUCCUAACCACCCAGCUGCCACCGGCAACUAACCAAUGACCCUCUGAGCUCUCAACUCUUCACCCAAUGAUGACCUGACCAUUGCCUGUGUGCUGACCAGUUCUCUGGCUCUCCUCCUUCACUUGUCUCGUACUCGCAGCCUGCUGGUGAGCAACGAAUCAGAUUUAAUUCACUUAAUACAACACAGCAGUGACAGUCCCCCUGAACUCAACCGUCCAUCUGAGGACCUCCAUGGUCAGGUGAUCUAGUCUCCACAGCCUGCACUGAAGCAACAUAAAAGCAAUAAUAUGGUCUGGAACACCAUGUGCAAAAUCAUUACUAGUUCCACCCAGACUUUCUCUCUCACACACACACACACACACACACAACAGUUCUCGUAAUAGCAUAUAGAGAUUGAGCAUUAAGCUGGUGCUUUGAUAAAGUUGUGGAGACACACAGGACUGAAACUUUGUGGCUGUGUAAUGUGUUCACGUGUAUCAGCAUGUUCAUGUACGAGAGAGUGUGAAGAUGAGCAGGGGAAAUCUGCAAAAGUUUUUUUUUUAAAAAAGAUAACUCAAAGUUAUAAUGUACAUUGAUAAAGUAAAAGCCAUUCUUGCCCAUCAGCAUCUUAAAGACAAAUAGAAUAAAAUGCAUUUAUAAAUAAGAAUAAUUUUACAAGCACUGAAGACUAGCUCAUGCAUUUUUUGAUAUGAGGUUGCUGCAGGUGAAAUUACUCUAUUUUUCACAAUGUUUCUUUUUUUGUACAUGCAUUAAAUGACAAAGAAGAAUGGAAAGAUUUUAGAGACCAAAAUGUCUUUUUUAACAUUUGAAGUGCCUUAUUUUACAGUACAUAUGAUCAUUGUGGAUGAAUAUCCAUCACUGUUUAUGAGAACAUAUCGAUUAUAAUCAGUUCCUUCAUUUCUUUAUUAGUUAAUGGGAUGAAUGCCAAAAACGCACCCUGCAAAUUAGAUUUUUUUUUUUUAAACAUUUAUGCUUAGACAUUAUUUCUAACUCUGAUUUACAGUCGUGCCGUGCGUUAUGUUAUGUGCCACGCGCAUGCAGUAUAUUAAAUACUGAUUACUUUGUGAUACUCUGGUUCAGCAGUAACAUCUGCUCCUCCACUAUGAAGCUCGUGUCAAAACAGCAUUUAUGCAUCAACAAAAAAAAUGCUGAAACUGUUACAGAGAAGGUUUUAGUUACUAUUUAGUCACUGGUUCUAUGAAUUAUAAAUGUAAGAUGGAUUCAGCAAGUGUUGUAGAAGGUGAUUUUCUUUUCAAUUUUACACUAUUACGACGUGAACUGUGAAAUAAAGCAAAUGGAAUCUUAAAACUAGAAGUCUAUGCAAUUGAGUUGCUCUUGCCAAGUUUCAUGAAGUUUUCCAGCAGGUCUUCCAGAUUACAGAGCCAAGCAUUAACAAGGAAACGAUUCGAUUAGAAACUCAAUCGAGAAUAUGGAGAUUGCUUUUGUUAUUUAAUUUGUAACAUUAUUAACAAGAAUAAUCGUUCUUAUUUCGGUUGUUAUAACUGGAUUUUCAGUAUCUCUUUUCUGUUACUUUGUAUUUAGUGCCAUAUAUUAAGUAGUUUUUAAAGGUCUAGAAAUUUUAUGUCAUUUCUUUUAUUGACACGUGGGAAUCAGGACAGGAAAAUAUUUUGAAACACAACAAACUUCUCAAUUGACUUCAAAAUGGGAGUUCUGGGUUCUAAGAUGUUUUCCUAGGUUUGAUCUGUUUUAUUUCUUUUUGUGAGCAGUAUUAUAAGAUUGUGUAAUUGGCAGUGUGUGUGUACAUGCGUGCAUACGUACGUGUGUGUGUGUGUGUGUGUGUGUGUGUGUGUGUGUGUGUGUGUGUGUUUGAUUUGUUGAAUACGAUCUACACCAGUCAACUGCACCUCCCUUUUUUUAAGCAGUCUUGUUUAUUCCACUGGAAAUGUCUGGUCCUAUUUAUAACCAUUGUAACAACUAUAAAAUGUAUUUUUCUAUCACAUUUUGUAUGUAUGAAAUAACAUUAAAUCAUGUUUUCUGAUAUGAA